AUGGCUAGUCAAGAUAUGGAUAAGGCUGAAUCAGUUAAAAUUCAUUUAAUUGAAAAAUAUGGUGUUAAAAAUCCUGAUCACUUGAAAACUGAUAUAUCGUGUAAAGAAAUAAUCCCUUGUCUUACACCUAUUGAAGCACAUCAGCUGGUGAUUGAAGUAAUCAAUUUUGCAUCGCUGAUGUCUAUCAGAGAAUUUGUAAAACGAAUAAUAGAAACACAUAAGAAAUUAGAUUUUCUUAUUAACAAUGCAAAUACAAAAAGUGUAAAGAAGUAUACAACAACUAAUGAUGGCUUUGAAAUGACAAUGGGUGUAAAUUAUUUCUCCUCAUUCCUGUUAACACAAUUACUGUUACCUUUAUUGCUGAAAGGUACAUCGUCAAGAAUAAUUAAUGUAUGCUUUAGAAAGCAUCAACACAAUCAUGUGAGUAAGCCAAAUUUACAAAUGAAUCAAUCAAACUACAGGCCAGUAGAUGCUUACUAUCAUUCCCAAUUGGCGAAUAUAAUGUAUACGCUUGAAUUGAGUGAAUACCUUAAACAGACAGAUAUCAUGGUGGUCAGCGCACAUGCUGGAUAUUUUAAAGGAGGAAACAGUAAAAGCUUUAAAGCAUUCAUAAAUAAAAUAGCUAAUUUUCUAAUCACUCCAAUAUUUCCUAGUCAAUGGGAGAUGGCACAAACAGUAUUGUACACAGUGCUUACUGACAAUUUAGUAUCUGAUAAAGAAGAAAACAGUACAAAGUUGAAGAAUAUUGCGUCUAGUCAGCAGUCUUCAAGUGAAAAAGUGAAUACCGCUGCUCCGCCUUCUGUGGUAAGCAGUAAUAAUGCCGCAAGAACAGGUGGUUGUCUAGUUAAAGAAUAUCUCUUGAGGAAGAAAACUGCUUUAGAUAACUCUGUAGAUGUUCGUGUGGCAGUUGUAGGGAAUGCUGAUGCAGGGAAAUCUACACUACUUGAUGUAUUAACACAUGAUGAAUUUGAUAAUGGUCGUGGUUUGGCACGUCUACGUCUACUACGUCAUAAACAUGAAGCUGAAACUGGACGUACAAGUUCAGUGGCACAUGAUAUACUUGGUUUUAAUUCUGUUGAUCAGGUGGUUAAUAAACCAAUGCAUAGUCAUUUAAAUUGGUCUGAGAUAUGUGAAGCUUCAGCUAAAGUGAUCACAUUCAUUGAUCUAGCUGGUCAUGAACGAUACUUAAAGACAACUACCUUCGGUAUGACUGGACAUGCCCCUGAUUAUGUGAAGUUUAUGUUUGGUGCAAAUGCAGGUGUUAUUGGUAUGGCUAAAGAACACUUGGGUUUAACACCGGCUCUUUGUGUACCAGUAUUUGUUGUUGUCACAAAAACUGACAUGUAUCCACCGAAUGUACUACACGAGACAAUGAAUUCAUUAUUUCGUAUAUUGAAAUCACCUGGUUGUAGAAAGAUAUCUUCAACUGAUGAUGUGUUCUGUUGUGCAACAAAUUUCACCUCAGAACAAUUGAAACCGAAAGCGUGUAUUGAAUUCAUUGCUGAAGUACUGAUAUUACGUCAUCCAACGACUAUAUCUGUUGGUUAUCAAGCUAUGGUACACGCUGGUCCUGUACAUCAAACAGUUACUAUAUUAAAGCUAAAUACACAUGAACGUUUACAAUUCCUGUACACAGGCCUACGCUUAAUAUUUUGUGAAGGUAAAACAAGAGCUGUGGGUACGGUUAAACAACUUGUCCCGUAUACAGCUCCAAUUCAACAAAAUCUACGUACUCGAAUACUCCGAAUGUAUCCUUUCAAAGCAACUCAACCAACCGGUACAACAGAGGAUACAAAUAUCCAGUCUAUAACUAAUUCAACUAAUCGUGAGUUUCCUAGUACUUCAAUAUCUGAUUUAUUGAAUGAUAAUACUUCCUCGUCUUCUAAUGCUUCAAAACAACGUAAACAUCAUCGUACACGUAAGGAGAUAUCGAAUGAUACAAAUUCAAGUGGUGGUGAUGGUGGUGGUACUGGUACUCAACAAUCCGCUAAAUCAAAUUAG